ACACUGUAGGCAACUCUUUCUCUAUAGAACAGACUGUCUGUUAUAUUCUGGUUUUUCAUCCUCUACUACGUGCACGCAAUCUUUUAGUAGGCGGAUCCAAAUGUAACAGCACAAUUAGAUGACACAAAAAUUCCCAGUUUAUUUUCACAGGCAAGCGCUCCUGUUCUUUUUGCGGGACCUUUUUGAGCGAGUCUCUUCACCAUUCAAUGGAACUGCUACUCAACCUAUUAAGCAUAUUCUUACUCUUAUUCUUUCCUUUUGCAGCUACUAACACACCUGCUCUUAAUAUAUCUGUGACAUGUAUCAGAAAAUAUGAGCUAAUACCUAAAGAGUGGUUUCAAGUUCACCAGUCCAAUCCUUCAGAACUUCAUGAUCUUGGUGUCAAACUUAUCUUUGAAAAUAGACCACCUGCUUCUCCUUCCCUGAAUGUAAGUUGGGCUAUCAAUAUUGAUGGAAGUAUUCACAGUAUUCAUGGCACAUGGAUCGAGCUGAAUAUGCAGACCUCGCCACCAGUCCAACUAAGUUACAAAUGUCAAUACGAUCCUCCAUUUACUUCAAAACAGGCCAACUAUACUGGUUUAGAGCAGCUUUGGUUCCAUUUUACAAUCACUGACAUCCAUACUGAACCUAAUGGCAUUUACUCAGUGACAGCCUAUAACCUCCCCACUCCACCUAUUAAUGCAUCAGGCCAGAAAUUAAAAUCAAAAGCAGUUCAAGCACCUGGAUGUGAUGAUGAACAGAUGAAGAAUUAUUCAAUAUGUCUACGGCAAUUAAACAAUGAGCUGUGGAACAUUAGUGCAGUCAGAGAGGAGGAUGAAGUAGAGGUGACCUUCAAAUCUCAUUCAGACUCAAAUUAUUAUGAGAUCAGACUGCUACGAGGAACAAAUAUACUUAACAUCUCCAAAGUGGUAACGGGUAAAAAAAUUACAACCGUUAAACGAAAACUGAAAUAUUCUGGGCCAUGUGAAAAUCUUGAAAUAUGGAUUUCUCCAAACUUUGAACAUUGCGAACCAGUAUGUGAUACAGUCAAGUGUAAAGUAGACUGUGAAGAACCAAACAAACAUGAAAUGCCUGUACUGAUAAUUGUUGCUGGAUGUGUGUUGGCUGUUCCUUUGGUGUUUAUCUGCUUCUGGCAGUUUUGUAGACUGUGCAUGGGACGGGGCUUCUCAAAGCCCAGCCUUAGCUCCACCUCCACAGGACUGAUGGGAGUGCUGGUGGUGUACCCACCCAUAGACGCCAUGUUCCAGUGUGCUGUGAUGGCCCUGGCUGACUUCUUGCAUAGCCACAAGGAGCUUGAGAUAUGCAUCGACAUGUGGCAGAGGGGCAGUCUGGCAGAGCAGGGGAUGCUCCGCUGGCUCACCUCCCAGAUCGAUCGUGCCGACAAAGUGCUCGUCAUCUUUCCGCCUGGAUGCACCGACACUGGUAUCGGCACCAAUGGCUGUCUAAAUCCCAACCCAGUCCUAGCCAAUUACACAGUCCCAGCUUCAGCCCACGAACUUUACUCCCUGGCUCUGAAUCUGGUUAUGAUGGAUGCCUAUGACCCCCAGCUCUGCAGCAAGUUCUGGGUGGUGCACCUGGGCCAGGCGGGGGACCCCCCCACUGUCCCAGUGGCGCUCCAAAGCUGCAGGGCCUUCAGUCUGCCCAGAGACCUGGAGAAGCUCCAUUAUGAACUGGCCUGCAGGCAUGGGGAGAAGUGGUCGAGCCUGGGCUGCAGGUUUCAGCCAAUCCCCUGCCAAGAAGCCUCCAGGAAGUUUAGGGAGGCCUUGCUGAACCUGGACAGGAGUCGUAUGGACUGCUCAAAGGAGGAGAAGGUUCGUCUCACAGAUGUGGAGAAUAAGCUUUAAAAGAGCACAAAUACUAUACGUUUCUUUUAUAUUUUUCCAUGGUGUCCAUUUGUGUGGCAUUAUGUUCCAAAAACAAUUUAUACAUCACCAUUUUACCUUGCUUUAUGCCUUAGAAUUAAAAGGUGCAGUAACAAACAACCUAUUGAAGAUGGACACACAAGGUCUAUUCUGAACUCAGAGCUGAGAAACACCUGACAAUGUAAAUGAGUGGGGCUAAAUAUGCAAGUUAGUUUCUCAUGACAUCAAAGAAACAGUGAUUGCAAAACAGUGUUUUUGCAGCUUAGAUUCCAUAUGUGGACUGUAUGGUCUGGGGGAGUGAAUGGUAACAAUAUUUACAUAUUACUUCAAAAUACUUUUUCAGUAAAGUAAGGAAAAUGUAUUUUUCCAUGAUGGGGACCCUUUAAACAAAGCCAUGCUUCCUCUCCCUCUGAUCUGGGGGCCAGUUACUCAAUUACCAAAUUAAACUGACUCAUUCCCA